GUCUAGCAUUCGAUCCGACAAUUGUUAGUCAUGGCAUCUGCACGUUCGAGCAAACCGCAGGAGAUCCCAUAUCUCAGGAAAACAGGCGAAGCAACACAGCUCAUCGUCGAUGGAAAGCCGUUCCUCAUCUUGGGCGGCGAGCUCCAGAACUCGUCGCUCACCUCAGCUCGAUAUAUGGACACGGUCUGGCAGAAGAUGGUUGACACGGGCGUCAACACGCUGCUCGGAUGUGUGACUUGGGAGGACAUUGAGCCCGUCGAGGGCCAAUUCGACUUUUCUGAACUGGACAAGGUCUUGGCUGGCGCUGCAAAGCAUGGCAUGAGGCUGAUCCUGUUGUGGUUCGGCUCGUUCAAGAAUGGAAUUUCGACAUACACUCCAGCCUGGGUGAAGACCAAUCCAAAGAGGUUUCCUCGGGCAAAACUUCGAAAAGCCGGCGGCGUCUUGGAGACCGCAGAUGUCGUCUCCAUCUUUCCCAAGGACGCACAAUGCCUCAAAUCCGAUGCCAGAGCAUUUGGCAGGCUGAUGAGACAUCUUCAGAAGACUGACACACAACGUACGGUGAUCAUGGUUCAGGUUGAGAACGAGGUCGGCUUGCUUGGCGAUUCUCGAGAUGGCAGCAAGCAUGCGAAUGAGGUAUUCGAAGCUCCAGUUCCAGUCGAUCUUGUCUCGUUCCUCGACGAAGGGUGGCACAACCUCCACCACGACCUGAAAAUGAAGUUCCCAAAUCUGAGAGCAACGUUGCAGCAGCUCGCAGGUGGGACCGCAAUCGGCAACUGGGAGUCUGUCUUCGGCAAAGGUCCAGCCACCGAUGAGCUGUUCAUGGCGUACCACUAUGCCAAGUACUUGAACGAGGUCGCUGCUGCAGGACGGCAAGAAUACUCCAUCCCGCUGUACACAAACGUCUGGCAGAAUUACUUUGGUUCGGACGCAGACAGCUCGUCACCGGUGGUAGUAGGAGGUGGCGGUGAUCCUGGCGACUACCCAUCGGGCGGCGGAACGAGCAAUGUGCUCGACAUAUGGCAGCGCUUCGCUCCGAAUCUCGACCUCAUCGCUCCUGAUGUUUACUUGAAUGACUAUGCAAGCUCAUGCGCCAAGUACAGGCACAAGAACCAGCCACUGUUCAUUCCGGAGCAAAGAAGAGACGAGUAUGGUGCGAGAAGAAUCUGGAAAGCUUUUGGCAGCUUUCAAGCGCUCGGAACCAGUCCCUUCGGCAUUGACACUCUAGAUCCGGAGAACAAUGCCUUCACUCGACAUUACAAGCUUCUAGCGCAAGUGUCCAGAUUGGUCCUGGAUGCGCAGCUGAAGCCCGAGUCAAGUGUUGGAUUUUAUUUCGACGAGCUCACCGAAGACGGAAGAGACACCAGUCCGCCGAUGGUCGUGCGCUUUGGCGGAUACCAAGUCACCGUGAGUCGCUGCUUCGUGUUUGGCAAGCCGGGUCCUGGAUCGGGCAUGUUGAUUCACACUGGUCCGGGAAAGUUCCUUCUCAUCGGCUGGGGUUUCCAAGCGGCGUUCAAAUCGACGAGACCGAAUUCAACUUUCACUGGCAUUUUGAGCAUGACGGAGAAGAGCGUGGUUGAUGUCGAGACCGGUCUUCUGCGGACGGAGCGGAGAUUGAAUGGCGAUGAAACUCGAAGUGGCAUCUAUGCCAUGAUGCCGAAUGAGAAUCCUGAUUAUGGCGGCUUUCCGAUCUGUGUCACCAUUCCUGCGCGAACGAUGAUUGCAGAGGUAGAGGUAUAUGCGCUCGACGAGGGAGAUGAGUCGUGAUGGGAGGGGAGAAAUCCAAAGUUUGUCUUUG